GUCGGAACUCAAUUCUGAGGAUUCCCCUUCAGACUCGAUCCUCGAGUCCAUGACUACCGCUGUCUUCUGAGGGCACAGGCGGGUGCACCGAACGACUUCGUACCCUUUCGCACUCCUCUCCAUCACCGCCAACACCGAUUCGAAGCUCCGUCGCUGCCGACGAUAACGAUCCCUCGGCUCUUAUCACCGCGGUUGACUCCCUUCCACCUCUCCUUCGUGAUCGUAUGUGACACAGACACACCAGUUGGUCGCGCCUCCUGCAUGAUCAUCUCCCAUCAUGGGGAAAUUUGACACCAAUGAGGACUCGGAGUCCCUUCCCAUGAGCCGCCCACGGCCCUCAUCUACCGCGUCUGCGACAUCCUCCGAUUCCAGCCUCUCCGUGGAUAGCUACCCGGAGGAAACCAAAUACACCCCAAACACACCAGCAGCCGGCGGAUUGUCGGACGACAAUAGAUACCGGGAUGUGGAGGAGGGCGAACCAGGGGCGGACGAGCCGUUUCUUCCUUCGUCCAAGAAGGCAGCUACCUCCGGGAGCCGCACGUCUCGACUGAUCUGGGGUCUGAUUAUACUUUGCGUGGCAGGUUGGCUGUGGGGGUUAGCGCUAUUCGUGACCCAAGCGCGCUCAAACCAGCAGACGGUCUCAGAAGCACUACAGUCUCACGAGGCAGAUACAAUCUCUGGAAGUCCAAGCUCCGGAAAGCCGGUCACGCUCGAACAGGUCCUCACGGGACAGUGGCUUCCUCGCUCACAUGCUGUUUCCUGGAUCGCGGGCCCCAAUGGCGAAGACGGGCUUUUAGUGGAGCAAGGGGAAGGUGACGGGAAGGGCUAUCUGCGGGUUGACGACAUUCGCAGUCGUAAGAACGAUGUCAACAGUCAGGCCAGUAAGGUGCUGAUGGAGAAGGCGAUUGUGCAGGUGGAUGGACGUACAAUUUUUCCGGCAUCGACAUGGCCCAGUCCAGACCUGAACAAGGUGCUGAUCUUAUCGGAGCGAGAAAAAAACUGGAGGCAUUCCUUCACGGGGAAAUAUUGGAUCUUCGAUGUGGCUACUCAAACAGCGCAGCCGCUUGAUCCCAGUGACCCUGAUGGACGCGUGCAGCUUGCAGUCUGGUCACCAACCUCUGACAUGGUUGCGUUUGUGAGAAAUAACAACCUGUACCUGCGCAAACUGUCCUCAGAGAAGGUUGAGCCCAUCACGAAGGACGGCGGUGCGGAUCUUUUCUACGGUGUUCCUGAUUGGGUAUACGAGGAAGAGGUCUUCUCGGGCAAUAGUGUAACCUGGUGGUCUGGCGACGGGAAAUACGUGGCCUUCCUGCGUACCAACGAGACGGCCGUCCCUGAAUUCCCCGUGCAGUACUAUCUAUCAAGGCCCUCCGGAAAACAACCUCCUCCGGGACUCGAGGAUUACCCCGAGGUCAGGGAGAUUAAGUACCCCAAGGCUGGCGCUCCCAACCCCGUGGUUAACUUGCAGUUCUAUGACGUUGAGAAACAAGAGGUCUUUUCAAUCGAAGCACCCGACGAUUUCGAGGACGACGAUCGGAUUGUUAUCGAGAUCGUGUGGGGAACCGAAGGAAAGGUCCUUGUGCGAGUGACCAACAGGGAAAGUGAUAUCUUGAAGGUGUUCUUGUUCGACACCAAAGCCAAGACCAGCAAGCUCGUACGCGUUGAGAAUGUUGCGAGCAUCGAUGGUGGCUGGGUAGAGCCUUCGCAGUACACGUGGUUCAUCCCCGCAGAUGCCAGCAGUGGACGACCUCACGAUGGAUACCUUGACACGGUGAUCCACGAGGGCUAUGAGCACCUGGGCUACUUCACACCCCUGGACAAUCCUGAACCUGUCCUUCUCACCAAGGGUGAGUGGGAGGUGGUGGAUGCCCCAACUGCCGUGGACCUGCACAAAGGCGUUGUCUACUUCAUCGCAACGAAGGAAGGACCUACUGAGCGCCAUUUGUACCAGGUCCAGCUGGACGGAUCCAACUUGAAGCCACUGACAGACACCUCCAAGCCAGGCUACUUUGAUGUGUCUUUCUCACACGGAACUGGCUACGCCUUGCUCAGCUACCGGGGCCCAUCAGUCCCCUGGCAAGCCAUCGUCAGCACCGAAACCGACGGACUCAAGUUCGAAGAAACCAUCGAAGACAACGCCGGUCUCUCUCAGAUGGUGGAGACCUACGCCGUUCCCACCAAGAUCUACCAAAAUGUGACCAUUGACGGCUUCACCCUCCAAGUCGUCGAGCGUCGCCCGCCACACUUCAACCCAGCCAAGAAGUACCCCGUCCUGUUCUACCUCUACAACGGGCCUCGGUCCCAAACCGUGGACCGCAAAUUCAACAUCGACUUUCAAUCCUACGUCGCCUCAACCCUGGGCUACAUCGUAGUGACCGUCGACGGGCGAGGCACCGGUUUCUCCGGGCGGAAAACACGCUGCAUCGUCCGCGGCAACCUGGGCUACUACGAAGCCUACGACCAGAUCACGACCGCCCGGCUCUGGGGCGCAAAGUCCUACGUGGACGAAUCUAGAAUGGCAAUUUGGGGCUGGAGCUACGGCGGAUUCAUGACUCUGAAGACCCUGGAACAAGAUGCCGGAAAGACCUUCCAAUACGGCAUGGCCGUCGCGCCGGUCACCGACUGGCGACACUACGACUCAAUCUACACCGAACGCUACAUGCACACCCCGAAACACAACCCCAACGGCUACGACAACACUUCCAUCAGCGACAUGGCCGCGCUCAGCGAAUCCGUCCGCUUCCUCGUCAUCCACGGUGCCUCGGACGACAACGUCCAUGUGCAAAACACCCUCGAACUGGUUGACAAGCUCGAUCUCGCCAAUGUGCAGAACUACGAUCUGCACUUCUACCCGGACUCAGAUCACAGCAUUAACUUCCAUAAUGCCCAUAGGAUGGUCUAUGAGCGCCUGUCGAGCUGGCUCGUCAACGCCUUCAACGAUGAAUGGCAUCGCAUCGCGAACCCAGUUCCGGAUGAUUCCAUGUGGGAAAGGGUGAAGCGUUCUUUACCUCUGCCUCUUCUUUCCAAUUAAGUUGAGCGUUGGCCUUAUAUCAUAUCAGAUUAUAUCUCUAGUAUCAGUGUUCCGCAUAGUUUACUUAUCUUGCAUUGAAUCGAGGUUUCGGGCUUCAUAUUUAUAUUUCCUGAUCGGGUACUUGGUAUUGGUACAGGUGUUUACGAGUACAAUUUAUCAAAUCACUGCACCAAAAACCCUCCCUGCAGUUGACGAUGAGAAGGCCAAGUCUUUCGACCAAUGGUACGUAGUAGCAUCC